AUUUCACGUUGAUUGGAACUUUUUAUCUACCCUUUUGAGUUAUCUUCAGCAUUUGCUUCAGUUCAUUUCAAUGGCUUCAGUCUUUAACGCCUUCAAGCUGUUGUUUCUUUUGACUUCACUCUCGUUUUUUGAUUUGGGUUCAUGCGGAGAGCCCCAAAAGAGCUUGAACAUACUCCCACCAACAUGCACCAGAAUUGAGUGUCCAAAGUUUGACAGUGUUGAAGUUGGAAAUGGCUAUGAAAUUCGAAGAUAUAGUACGGCUCUGUGGAUGUCAACUUCUCCUAUUCAAGAUAUUUCUCUUGUUGCAGCCACCAGAACUGGCUUCCUCCAGCUAUUCGAUUACAUUCAAGGAAAGAACGACUACAACAAAACAAUUGAGAUGACAGCUCCAGUGAUAACAGAAGUUGUUCCAAGCGAUGGACCAUUUUGUAAAUCUUCAUUCACUGUCAGCUUUUUUGUGCCUGAAGCGAACCAGGCCGACCCGCCGCCUGCAGAAGGCCUCCACGCUCAAAAAUGGAAUCUCACAUAUGCUGCAGUGAGGCAAUUCAGUGGGUUUGUGACAGAUUCGAAUGUGGGAGAAGAAGCGGCCGCCUUGCAGGCCAGUAUUUCAGGCACUAAGUGGGCAAGUGCCAUUGAGAAAAGCCAUGGAAAUAACUCAACUUAUUCAACUUCAGUGUACACUGUUGCUCAGUACAACUCUCCAUUUGAAUCUGACAACAGGGUGAAUGAGAUAUGGUUGUUGUUUCAGAUAAAAGAUGAGAACAUACUGUGAGAAAAACUUUGCUAAUCAGUGUUGAAGUGAAAACCAAAGCUGCAGGGAAACGAGUUUGGCUUUAUGAUUACUGUAACAUGUAACAUGUUGAGAGAUCAACUAUAAAUAAAGUGUCAUCUAUUCGCUAA